UAAUCCAAGCAACCCAAACAUGCUACCUAGCGAAACUUGCUGCACUUGUGUCGGACAAAGAAAGCUUUAUUUAGUAAAAAACGCAACUUGCAACAACAGUAGGUACUUAUCAUUCUUAGCUUUUCGAGAUGUACUCCUUCUGACGUUGAGCUAGCCGGUUUCUCUUAUGGUAUCCAUGUUUUAGUCGGUGGUGUAUCAGAAGUAUGCUAAGGAGCUAAAGCUACCUUGCUCAGUGACAGUGUACCAUGUUGUCUGAACUGCUGCAAGGCACUGACAGUGGGGGUUUCCUCAUAAUACAAGAUUCUUCUAGUUGUACUGGUAGACACCUCCUGAAGAGCUUCAUCAAUGCUGCACUGAACAGGGAGGAAGCUAUUCAUGUCCUCGGCUUUGAGGUCAGUGAGGAAGAGCUUGGAGAAGGAUUGACAACAUCAGCCCAUCAGAGGCUACGCUUUCACAAUGCUUAUACAGACCCCCUUGGGUGGACGGAUAACUUGGCUUUCACAGUUCAUCAGUUCGGUUUGGAGGAACUUACACAUCUGGUCAAGCAAACAUCACACCCCAAACCAGUUACAUUAGUAAUUGACUCUCUAUCGUGGAUAUUGAGACAUGUCAGUCCCCCUGUUGUCUGCAAGACUCUACAGCAGCUGAAAAGAGGGGGAGCUGUGAGAGCUAUUAUUGGUCUGCUCCAUGCAGAUAUGCAUCAGACCGGUACUGUGGGAAGUAUUUGCCACUUGGCUACUUCAGUCAUCACUGUAGCACCUGGAAUGAAGGGAGACGAAGCAGUGGCAAAAAUAACAAAGCGCUCAAAAUCGGGGAAAGUCACGCAAGAUGAGGAAAUAUUCAGCAUCAAAGAGGAUCUUACAGUCAUCAUACAGAGCAAGCCUAGCCAUCUUGAACACAAACAGGCUGACCCUGAGGAACAGCAGACGGACCCAACAGCUAACUUGACCUUCAACCUUCGACUGUCUGAUACAGAACGCAAGGCCAAGGAGAAACUUGCACUUCCCUUCAUGUUCAGCAAAGAGAAAAAAACAGCUCUGCUCCACUCGGGCCAAGGUUCUGGACGCAUUCUGUACGAGCCUGAUGCCAACGACGACUUUGACCAGGAGGACCCAGAUGAUGAUCUUGAUGUAUAGGGCCAAGGCACACAACUUACUAAAGCCACAGAAGAUCCAUGUUUCAUGUCCUGCGUGCCACUGAAACACAGUCAUUUGUAGCAUUUGAGACUCAUUCCAUUUAUGUCAUCUUCAACGUUAAUUCAGAGAACUUUCAAAAUUUAAAGUAAUGUCCAAUAUAUCUAUAAGAAACCUGUACGAAAUGUAUAAAAUUGAUUCUUUCCGAAUCUUUAUACUAUCUUUUUUUUGCAGUUGCUUGCACAAACUUGAUUUGAGGGGUCACAAGGUAAUUAAAGUGAUCAGAGGGAAUAACAUUUCUAUUAACCAAACUGAAGUUUAUUGUUUCAGACUUCUUUCUAAAUGCUGAUCUUUCCUUAAAAUACUACAUCUAACAUACAUCCAUACUAUAAAUGAAAUAUAAAUGAAAACACAGCUGACAACUGUCUGUGUCACAGCCAGAAAACGUAACGAAGGACACAAAUAUAAACUGUCUAAUUGCCUUAAGUUAAUUUGGACUUUUUUAAUCGCACAUGUGAAAGUGCUUCCAUGACAUCCUGUGAUUAGGUUAUGAUUACACUUUUUACAUAUGCUGUUUUAUUGAAAAUGUGGAUUUCUAAAUGAGCGACUUUAGCAGUGAUUGCUCAAUUCAUGCCAUAGGUUUAGUUGCAACAAACGAUAACUGGCUUCCACUGACACCACCACACAUUAUAAGUACUAAAAUCAAUGUCUGUCAGAGGAGAUGAUUCAUUUCCUAGUUUGGAGUAAUGCGGAGUAGGUGUAAGAAAGUUUUUGGAAUUUGUUGGCAGCUGGCAAGACCACAUGUUUGCUAACGGCUGUAAAAGUUGCCCCUGCCAAUUAUACAUUAUACAUUGCAAAUGGAUUUUAGUUUUAUUUAUUCACCAGACAAACUACACACUUGUACAAUACAUAAAAAAAAUAAAGUUCCUAGUAAAC